AUUUUUUAUUUGACUUUGAUUGCAGGUGGUAAAGAUGUGGCAUUGUGUAGUAGACAGGCACUGCAUCUUAUCCCCAGAGUGCCUAGCCUAAGCAUAGGAAUCGUUGGCAGCAAACAUUGGGCAUUUUCAAACCUAUGUUGGAAUAGAGACAAUUUAUUUAAAUUUGUUCUUAUUGUUAUUCGCUUUUGACUUCGAAUUCAGUAAGUUAAUACGACAGCUGAGCUAGGCUGAUGAUAUUGAUAGGCCUACACUACUCUACCAACCGCCCUCAGCCAACUGGCAAAACAGUUCUUCUCCACUAAUCUCCACUUCCGUAUCACCAGACAUAGGCCUAGGGCCUAACCAGAUCAUGCCUUUUUAGAUAUUUGUUUAAAAACAAUGAAAGAAUUCUAUUUGAUACGCCAUAUGUAGGAAAUGAUAGGCAUGCAGCCUAUUCAUGUGUCCCAACGUUGAUGUAUGCAGUGAAUUAUUAAUUGAUGUUCAAAAUAGAAGAUUGACUCCACUUUUUUUUAAUUGAUUGGAUUUGUUAAAAAAACAAAGGUGUAUGGACAGUAUUCAUUUAAUUUUACUCCGCAUUUUUCGACCAAUAUUGGAUGUAACUUGUGCUGUUGCAUGUACUGCAUAUGAAAACAUGGGCUGCAACUGUACGAAGGAAAAGUUGGUUUUAAACUCGAGACGUUUCUAUGUUCAAAAGAGAUUAGGGGAAGGUGGUUUCAGUGUUGUUGAUCUGGUAGAAGAGGGACCAACUGGGAAAUUGUUUGCCUGCAAACGGAUUAUGUGCCAUAGCAAAAGUGAUGAGAAAGUUGCGUUGGAAGAGUUGGAAUACUACCGCCGGUUUGCACACCCAAAUCUUAUCAUGUUGGAGGAAUCUGGCAUGAUUCCACGUGGAGAUAUCUGCGAGGUGUUACUUGUACUUCCAUUUUAUAGGCGAGGGAUGCUGCAAGAGGCGUUAGAUAAAUUGAAAGAGAAUGGACAGCACUACAGCCAAACACAACUACUACGCUUAUUCAAAGGAAUAUGUGAUGGCGUCAGAGAGCUGCACAAUGCCAAGCCAACAGCCAUAGCACAUAGGGACAUCAAACCUCAUAAUGUAAUGUUAGCAGAUGAUGACUCGCCAGUGUUGAUGGAUUUUGGAUCAAUGGCACCUGCAAGGUUAGAGGUUGUUGGCAGGUCAGAGGCUAUUGCGCUUCAGGACACUGCAGGAGAGAAGUGUAGCAUGCUGUUUAGAGCACCUGAGCUCUUUCAUGUGGAAAGUCACUGUGUUAUCAAUGAGAAGAUAGAUAUCUGGUCUCUAGGUUGUACACUAUUCAAUAUGGCAUAUCUGUAUUCACCCUUUGAACCCAUCUACAUGAAAGGCGACAGUAUUCAUCUGGCAGUUAUAGGAAGGAACUUCAAAUUUCCAGAAACAUCGGAAUAUGCACCAGUGGUCAAUGACCUCAUUUCCUCCAUGCUGGUGGUGGAGCCUAUGGAACGUCCCACUAUUGAAUGGGUACUUGAUCAAGUGAACAAUAUGACUGCUGAAAUGGAAAACAGAGUAUGAGGCAUGGAAACUAUACAUUUGAUGAUAGAAUAAUCUACUGCUAGGCCUUCUGCCUUAUUGGCACUAAAGUUUAAUGAGCUAAAUGUUAUAUACUUAAAAGUGCAUAUGUGUACUUUAAAAAAUAAGUGCAAUUUUUGAAUAUUUUAUUUAAAAAUAUUAAUAUUAAUGUUCCAAGAUUUGCAUAUUUAGAUUCACCUUUGAACUUGACAAGUUUGUAGCUAUUAAUUGACCAAUGAGGCCACUAGACAAAUAUUUAAAUUACACAGAUUAAUGUGAUUUUUAAUCAGGUAAAUCUAAGAAAAGAAUAUAAGGAUACUUACAAAAAUUAUUUCAAUAAAAAUAUUAAAUGGGGUGGUAUACUGUUAACUGUAAAUUUUACACCAUACAAGGAAAAAACUAAUUACUAUAAUGCAGUUUUCUGAGAAAAUUUAUUGUACCCCAAUACCGUCUGAUUAUAAAACAAAAUUGUCAGCAAGCAGCGACUUGAUCAAAUGACCACAGCGUAGGUCGUUUGGUUACUGCCUCCAUUAAAUUAUUUAAUUGUGCAGAAACAAGACCAGUGUUUUUAAGUGUAUAGAUUUUAUGCGAGUUCUUGUUAAAUACAGUAUGUGAUUUAACUAUAAACACCUUUUAUGACUGCAUUUGUGAUUUAACUGCCAUAUUCACAUGCUUUCCUUCAUAUAUCUUCCAUUUGAACAAAUUUGAAAAAAAUCAUUGUUUGAUUACAACUUAUUUGCUAUUGAACAAUCAGCAAAAAAGUUUUAGUAAACAUGGUUUAUAUUUAGGGAGUUGUUUUAUUUAAAGCUUAGUUCAGACCAUCAAAUUUUAUUUGACAAAAAAAACUGUGAUGUCAUCAUGACCAUAACUAGGCAAGUCACACGUUUUUGUCAAAUAAAAUUUAGUCUGGACAGGGCUUAAGAAUGGGGUGCUUUACUUACUCAGCUCGUUAACUAUGUUGUCUUCUUUUUCUCAAUAAAAUGUUCAGAAACAA